CCCCCAAAAACCUGCACCAUUUGCAAUCACUCUCUUUUCUCCCUUUCCCCCCAAACCUGGAAAUCACUAAUCUGCUUUCUGUCCCCAUAGAUUUAUUAUUCUGGAUAUUUUAUAUACAUGUAUCAUAUAAUAUAUAGUUUUUGGGGUCUGGUGUCAAUCACUUUGCAUAAUGUUUUCAAGGUUCAUUCAUGCUGUAGCAUGUGUCAGCAACUCAUCCUUUUAUGACUGCAUAGUAUUCCAUCUGGUGGAGGUACCAUGUUUUGUUGAUCUAGCCCUCAGCUGAUUGGCAUUUGGAUACUUCCACCAUUUGGCUAGCAUAAAUGGCACCGAAAUUCUUCUUUUGGCCUCCCUUUUCAGUAUGUUUAUCUUCAUUUUAUUUUAUUUUUUAAAUAUAUUUUUAUUGAUUUCAGAAAAGAAGGGAGAGGGAGAGAGAGAUAGAAACAUCAGUGAUAAGAGAGAAUCAUUGAUUGGCUGCCUCCUGCACAGCCCCCAUUGGGGAUUGAGCCUGCAACCCUGGGCAUGUGCUCUGACUGGGAAUGGAAACUUGACUCCUGGUUCAAGGUCGACACUCAACCAUGAGGUACACUGCCUGGGCUGUUUAUCCUCACUUUACACAUGCAACACUGGGACCAGAAAAAGAGGGACUUGGGUGUCAUCUUGUGGCCUCCUCUGUCCAGCGAGUUCAGGCUUAUCUUAGGGCAGAAUAGCUGGUUGGCCCUGAGAAUGUGAAAGAUGCUGGUCCUCAAACCAAGGAGAGCCCAAGAGCCCUCCCCUCCUGGGAGGCCUGGUCCCCACCUUUCACAUCUGUGUGGAGUGAGGAGCAAAGGCACAUCUGUAUCGAGGAUGCAUGUCUCUAAGACCCUCUCUGGUGCUUGCUCAGGUUUGGUGGUGAGAGAGAGCUGCGUGGAAUCCAGCGGGCGCUCCGCCAGGUCAGCAACUUGAAGCCCUGCUGGGGAAGCAUUCGAGGUUCAAGUCACCGCAAAGCCCUGGCCUGCCCUCCUCCUGAGGCCCAGGGGCAGCCGGACCUCUCCUCUGAAGCCAUGGGCCCCUCCCAUCCUGCACGCCCACCCCUGGCCAAGCUUGGCCUGUGGUGGCUCCUUCUGACCCCAGCGGUGUCGGCGCCGCGAGCCCCCCACACCCAAGCCGAGGAUCGCCUCUUCAAACACCUCUUCAGGGCUUACAACCGCUGGGCACGGCCAGUGCCCCACACCUCGGACGUGGUCAUCGUGCGUUUCGGGCUGUCCAUAGCCCAGCUCAUCGAUGUGGAUGAGAAGAACCAGAUGAUGACCACCAACGUCUGGCUCAAGCAGGAGUGGAGCGACCACAAGCUGCGCUGGAACCCGGCCGAGUUCGGCAACAUCACAUCCCUCCGCGUCCCUUCGGAGAUGAUCUGGAUCCCGGACAUUGUCCUCUACAACAAUGCAGACGGGGAGUUCGCGGUGAACCACAUGACCAAGGCCCACCUCUUCUCCACGGGCACCGUGCACUGGGCGCCCCCCGCCAUCUACAAGAGCUCCUGCAGCAUUGACGUCACCUCCUUCCCCUUCGACCAGCAGAGCUGCAAGAUGAAGUUCGGCUCCUGGUCGUACGACAAGGCCAAGAUCGACCUGCAGCCGAUGGAGCAGACGGUGGACCUGAAGGACUACUGGGAGAGUGGCGAGUGGGCCAUCGUCAACGCCACGGGCACCUACAACACCAAGAAGUACGACUGCUGCGCCGAGAUCUACCCCGACGUCACCUACUGCUUUGUCAUCCGGCGCCUGCCCCUCUUCUACACCGUCAACCUCAUCAUCCCCUGCCUGCUCAUCUCCUUCCUGACCGUGCUGGUCUUCUACCUGCCCUCCGACUGCGGGGAGAAGAUCACCCUGUGCAUUUCCGUGCUGCUCUCGCUCACUGUCUUCCUCCUGCUCAUCACCGAGAUCAUCCCCUCCACCUCCCUGGUCAUCCCGCUCAUCGGCGAGUACCUGCUCUUCACCAUGAUCUUCGUCACCCUGUCCAUCGCCGUCACGGUCUUCGUCCUCAAUGUCCACCACCGCUCCCCCCGCACCCACAAUAUGCCCCACUGGGUGCGGGGGCCCUUCCUCAGCCGUGUGUCCCGGUGGCUGCUGAUGAAACGGCCUCUGCCACCCUCGGAGCUCCAUGGUCCCCCAGAUCUGAAGCUCGACCCCCCCUGUUACUGGCUGGAGACCAAUGUGGAUGCGCAGGAGAGGGAGGAGGAGGAGGAGGAGGAGGAAGAGGAAGAGGAGGAGGAGGAGGAGGAGGAGGAGGACAGAUGGGUGCCAUCCCCCUCCGCGGGCGUCCUCUACAGCCAUGGUGGUCUGCACCGAAGGCUCUCCGGUCCCGAGGCAAAGGCCCCAUUGCAGAAGGGCGGGCUCCUGCUGUCACUUCGCAUGCAGAAGGCACUGGAAGGCGUGCACUAUAUUGCUGAGCACCUGCGGUCUGAGGACGCUGACUCUUCGGUGAAGGAAGACUGGAAGUACGUGGCCAUGGUCAUUGACAGGGUCUUCCUCUGGCUGUUCGUCAUCGUCUGCAUCCUGGGGACCGUGGGGCUCUUUCUCCCCCCACUCCUGGCUGGAAUGAUCUGACUGCACAUCCCUGGCUUUCGCCCGAAGGUGGCCCCGCUGCCCGUGUUUGCUGCUGCCUCUAGAGUCCGCCUUUGGGGUCCACGCCCCGUGACUGCCGGUGCCUCUCCAUGGCGUCCCGACGCUGGCCCCGCCAUCGAAGACUUCCUGGCCCCACUCACCCGGCAGACACACUCUGUGCUGAGAAGCUCCUGGGCCCAGAGCCCUGUGGGGAUGGGAGGAGCAGGAAUGGAGGCAGCUGCUCUGCAGAGGGCGAUGCCGAGGUGCUGACCAUGUGAAGCUCAGGAGAGUCCCCUGAAGCAGCGCUACAGGCACUGAGUGUCAAGAGGGCCGAGCAGGGGGAGCCCAUGGCAGGGGUGGGGGUGGGGCCAGG